CUUUUCUGAUCUCUUGAUCUCUCCCCAGCUCCAAUAUUUUAGACAAUGGGUUUAUCCUUUCCUCUCAUCAUCUUGAUCGUGCGCUUUGUUGUUUCAUUGAUGAUGUUUUAUCUUAUACUUUCUGCCUCUUCUUCUGGUGUGCAGCCCCUAUGCCAUGAUGAUGAGAGAUUUGCCUUGUUGCAAUUCAAGGAAAGCUUCAUCAUCAAUCAGUCCGCGUCCGAAAAACCCUCUGCUUAUCCGAAGGUUUCAUCGUGGAAGCUUGAUCAAAUCAGUGAUUGCUGCAAGUGGGACGGUGUAGAGUGCAAUAAGGACACUGGUCAUGUCAUCGGCCUCGAUCUCAGUAGCAGCUGUCUCAAAGGUUUUCUCAACUCCAAUAACAGCCUUUUCCGCCUUGCUCACCUCCAAAACCUCAAUUUGGCCGGUAAUGAUUUUAACUCUUCUCCACUUCCAACUAGUUUUAGGCAACUUUCAAGGCUAACAAAUCUCAACCUCUCAGCCUCUGUAUUUUCUGGCCAAAUCCCUACAGAAAUCUUAGAGCUCUCCAAGUUAGUUUCCCUGGAUCUCUCAUAUAAUCCAUUGUUGAAGCUCCAAGAAUCUGGCCUAACAGGUAUAGCUCAAAACCUCACCAACUUGAAAGUACUAUAUCUUGACCAUGUUGACAUAUCAUCCAACAUUCCCAAUAUCUUGGCAAACUUAUCUUCUUUAACAAAUCUAUCUCUAAGCAAGUGUGACCUGCAUGGUGAGUUUCCCGUGGGAAUUUUCCAUCUACCUAAUCUUCAGCUUCUCUAUAUUGGGUUCAAUAAAUAUCUCACUGGAUGUAUCCCAGAAUUUAACAGAACUAGCCCCCUUGAAUCAUUGGAACUUGCACACACGAACUUCUAUGGUGAGCUACCGGAUUCGAUUGGUAACCUUAAGUCCUUGGUUGAAUUGAGUAUGCGUUCUUGCAAUUUCUCAGGAGAAAUACCAUCCUCACUAGGUAACCUUACCAAUCUAAUUGAUUUAGAUCUUCAAUCAAAUAGCUUGCACGGUUCAAUUCCACAGUCCAUAUCAAGGCUUGUAAAUCUUGAAACUCUGCGUCUCGAUAAUAACUAUUUCAGGGUGGAGUUUGAGUUAUUUCUGAGACUCAGAAAGCUAGUUGAAUUGCAGUUAUCUGGAAACAAUAUUUCAUUUAUUACAAAUCCGAGUACCAACUCAACUUUUGCAAAAUUUAGAAUAUUAUUACUAGCUCAAUGUGACUUGGGUGAGUUCCCAGAGUUUCUUCGGAACCAAGAUCGGUUGGAGCUGUUAGAUCUUUCUGGAAACAAAAUUCACGGCCAAGUUCCAAAAUGGAUGGGGAACGUAAGUAUAGAAACUCUCUGGGGUUUAGCUCUGGUAGGCAACCUUCUCACCGGUUUCGACCAACUUCUGGUUGUACUCCCCUACCUUAAUCUAAAGCAUCUGAUGCUAGAUUCUAACAUGCUUCAAGGGUCAGUGCCAAUCCCACCUCCUUCCAUUGCUUUCUAUUCGGUCUCAAACAACAGACUGGCCGGAGAAAUUCCACAUUUGAUUUGCAAUCUAAGUUUAAUAACUGAGCUCGAUUUGUCAAGCAACAACUUGAGUGGCAAUCUUCCUCAAUGUUUAGGCAACUUGAGUGCUUCUCUCACAAAAUUGGAUCUACACAACAAUAGCUUUCAUGGAACCAUUCCUCGGAUCUGCGGUGAAGCAAACGAAUUGAUGAUGAUUGAUUUCAGUGAAAAUCAUUUACAGGGGCGUGUACCGAGAUCAUUGGCAGAUUGUACCAAGCUUGAAGCUGUUAAUCUUGGUAACAAUCAGAUACAUGAUAUUUUUCCUUCCUGGUUGGGAAUUCUUCCAGAGUUGAGGAUUCUCAUUUUGAGAUCUAAUGAACUUUAUGGUACAAUAGAAAGUUCUGAUAGCAAUUUCGAUUUCCCAAAAUUGCACGUCAUUGACGUCUCAAAUAAUGAUCUUAGUGGCAAGUUGCCCUCUGAACACUUCCAAAAUUGGAAAGCCAUGCAAAUCGUCGAUGUCGAGAGCUUAAAGUACAUGGAGGAAUACCAAACUCUAGUGACACAUUCAGGAAAUACCAUGAGCUUUACCAACACUUACUCAAUGAUAAUAAUCAACAAAGGCACAGAAACACUUUAUGAAAAAGUCAAUGGUUUUUUAGUAGUUAUUGAUCUCUCGAACAACAGAUUUGAAGGAGAAAUCCCAGACGUGGUGGGGAAUCUGAAAGGACUUAAUUUGCUCAACCUUUCCUCAAACUUUCUCACAGGACCUAUCCCAUUUAUAUUGGCAAACUUGACAUGGCUAGAAGCAUUGGAUCUCUCUCAAAACAAGUUGUCUGGUGCGAUCCCUCUGCAACUAACGGAACUCACUUUCCUUUCAUACUUUAAUGUCUCCCAUAAUCGUUUGAAAGGACCUAUACCAAGUGGGAAACAAUUCGACACAUUCGACAACAGUUCGUUUAGUGAGAACCCUGAAUUAUGCGGAAAUCCUUUGUCAAAGAAAUGUGGGAAUCUUGAGGACUCAGUGCCUCCAUCUUCAAGACACAACUUAGAAUUCUCAUUUGAGUUUGGUUGGAAAGUAGUCGCGAUUGGAUAUGGAUGUGGAUUCUUGUUUGGAGCUGUGUUUGGGCAAAUCGUAAUCACAAAGAAAUAUGGUUGGUUUAUGAAGACGUUUGUUGUUGGGCAGCCGAACCGAAGAAGGGUGAAUUGGAGGGGCCGCAGAAAUUAAAUAUAAGAAUGUUUCCAUGCACAAUGUCUGUAGUACGUACUAUUAUUGUGGCUUUACUUUUCUUUUUCUAUUUUGCCUCCUCUUUUAGAUUUUAUAAGAAAGGGCCAUGGAUAGGAUGUUUGUACUAAAAAGAAUCUGUUGUAUUUGCACCCAUGCUCUCAAUAAAAUAAGUGUUUUGAA